UUGCGCUCGUUGGUCGGAGGGGAGGGUUGAGAGGCUGCAGGUCGUGUUUGGGUGUUUAUGGAGGGACAUGGCGGCGCUGUGUUGGUUAUCCGGUCGGUAUCUGCGGCGGUUCGUCUCUCCGCUCGUUCAGAGCGUCAGAUGGCCUGGAGCUGCGCGCGCUGAACGCCGCCUGCAGCGCGUGUCCUGCCGCGGGCUCGCGGACAAGAGCGCGUGGAGCAGAGCCCGGAUGGAGCCGCAGCAACAGCAGCAGUUCACUGAACUGGACAAGGCGGACGCGCUGAUGCUAAGGAAAUCCCAUGAAACUGGAUUCCUGUCAUGGUUCAGAAAUGGUUUACUGGCUACUGGGAUUGGAGUCAUUGCCUUUGUACAGAGUGACGUGGGAAGAGAAGCAGGAUAUGCUUUUUUCGUCCUUGGAGGAGUGUGUGUGUCGUUUGGUGGGGCGUCUUACGUGGGCAGCUUGCUGACCCUAAGAAGAAUCAUGCUGAUCUCUCUGCCGGCUGCACUGCUCCACACUGCUGUGGUGUCCAGCGUCGCCCUCUUCUGGCUGUGUGCGGUAUCCCUCUACAUCGGCCGCCUUGAAGUGGAGAUCAUCCGGGAUGAGGACGAGGAUGAGGAGGGUGGGGAUGAAGGUGGCGAAUGUGCAGAGUGCAGGGCUCGGCGAGACAGACACCACACGGAUGAGAGAGGCCAGGACAAGUAACGGAGUGAGAGUGAAUGAGAGAGAGAGAGAGAGAGAGAGAGAGAAAAAGAGAAGAAGAGAGAGAAGAGAAGUCCUGUGCUGCUUGAGCACUGGUCCAGGACCAGCUUUCUGUACCUGCAUCUUAUUCAUAAAUAUAAAUGCAAACUGUUCUGAGACCAGCUGGAGAAAAGAUCACAUCAGUGGCAAUCGAGAAGUUGCCUAUGCUGGUUCAUCUUCUAGAGACGUUUGGGAUUGGGUGGGGUCUGUUGUACUAUAAAAUGAUCUGUCUUCAUUGCUCAUUGGUUCAUGAGGUUCAAGGCCAUUGGGAAUCUGUGUGUUUUGUGUAUAAAACAUGAAAAGCUGUUUUAAAUCAAAGUUGACGACUUGACCUUUCUGUGUAAAGGGAUGUUCCAUUUAUAUUUGUUGUUCCAGUUUCAAACUUCUUUACAGUUGUAGUGUUGGUGCAUGUUUGAAUAGGAUGUGCAGAAAAGAGAGACAUGUUGCGUUUAUAGAGCGAGAGCCCUAACCAAAUUCGUAGUUUAUAUGUACAGCUUCAGCCAAACAACGCCAUAAAAUCAGAGAAGUCUCAAAUCAGUUCAGUAAUUUAAUUUACAUGCAGUCAAUCAUCCACUCAAAACAACAUACCAGUACUAUGAUUUCAUAGACCGGAGAAAGGUAUAAAAAUCUGAUUAAGAAAUCUGAUAGAGAUGUGGAUUUUAGCUCAAUAUUCAUAUUUCUCAGUCAAUGUAUACUCUUUAAUAGGAGUAUUCUUAGUUUUUCAGUCUGUGCAUAAGUGAAAACAGGCCAUGGUACCGAAAAUAAACGAGCAGUGCUUAAUACAGUACUCGCAAUAUGGGGACAAAUCACUUUUGGAGCGACACAAACUUAUUUCAGUGAAUUUAUUACUAUAUUUUAUCUGAUAUACUUUUUUUUUUAACUAUAUUUUUGAUUAUCAUACUCUGACUUGAUGUGAUGAAAAUAAUGCCUCGUCAUGAAGGUUGGGCUUUAGCUUGUUUGUCACAUCUUAUUCUGUGAGUUUAUUGGCUCGUUACAAAGAAAAUUUGAACAUCUGUCCAAUUCAUGUAAACUUUUGAAUUUUCCCAUUAUCUGAUUACCCAAGUUCAUGUUAACACGUUAAUCAGAUGUUCUGCUGUAAUUAGAUUAUGAAAUGCGUGCAAAUUUGCUCAGUACUAACUACCAUUUUCAUUAACCAGCACAGAUGAGCUUUGAUUAGGGUCAAAGCUAAAUUCUUCAGGAUUAGAGCUUUAAUCAUUCGGCUGUAUGAACCCUUUUUAUUUGCAGUAGAGGCCGAAUCCUCCAUUCUUAAGCUGGAGUGUAUUUUAAGUAUCAUUCAUGGAUCACAUAAAUGGAUCAGUUCAUCAUUAACAUAUUUUUUGAUUUACGUAUAUAUUGCUUCUUCAUGGCAUGUUAACCAUGUCACUCUACUCAACUAUUUGCUUUUGUUAUCUGGGACCUAAUUUGUGUUCCACAACCACAGCUCCCACCCUCUACACUGAAGGUGGUGACAUCACAGCUUUGUCAGACACCCAUCCAAGUAUGGUACAUCUUUAAAGACCAUUCUCUCUGGCCAAUAAGCAUAAAGCAGGAAGCCUAGUAGUGAAGUCAGAUAGUGUAGGUGUAGUGUAUGUAUCAUGGCAAAAUUGUCGCUUUUUAUAUGACAAUGUGGUCUAUACACAAAAUCUAGAAUGACAGACUAAAAGUAUAUUUCUUUACUUUUUUUUUUUUUAAUAAGUGUACAAAUGAUGGGAUAUCCCUUAAAACCUUUUACCUCAGCAACUGUGCUAUAAUUGAGGCUGGCAUUUUGUCCAUUAGAAACAUUUAGUUCUUCAACCCAAUUUAUUAACUUGGGCAGCAUCCCAUAAUUAGGCACUCUGGCUACCAGCCCAGAAGACUUCCCAAAUGACUGGUGAGUAAAACUAUUUAGGUUCCAGUAUGUUUUCCCUGGGUUUCUUUUUCUUUUAGAAUACCUGAAACAAGUUUCAACCCAAAGCUUUUUUUACGUUAUCACAAAGUGUGUGUUUGUGUUUUGUUCAAUUUUCUACAAUUAUCAAAUGAUCUGCAAUCCUGGCUAAUGCAAACAUUAUAAAACAUCUAGCUUAUACUCUGGUAAGAUAUGCGGUAAUUUUUUUUUUGUUUUUUCCUUUCCAGGCCCAGAUAAAACCUUAGUUUUAAAAAAUAUAUAUUUUCAGUGCUGAAAUGUUCCAUGCUCUAUGUUCUAAUGCUCUAUGUCAUUUGAAUCUUUUUUUUUCUCUUCUGAAGUGUUUUUGGUCGUUAUCGAAAACUGUUCUUUUUCUUUAAGCAGUUCAUUUCAUUUAGUCUGCAAAUUGAAUUCGUCACCCGAAUUAAACCUAAAAUUGUUGAAUUGCCUACAGCUUCCAGCUCGAAGCAAAACAGACCGUGCAUUGUUUUCCAAGAAUCUUAGCAUGUGAAAGUACUUUAGUAUGCGCUGCAUUCUUUUGGAGCACCUUUUUGUCUGACUACAUUAAUUGCAGUGUCUGAAAUGGAUGCAUAGCCUGUAGACGUGGACUCAUAUGUGCUUACUCUGUUAGAUUGCCUAAAGGAGUUUUGUUUCGCCAGAGUUUUUGUUAUUCAGAGCACAGAUUUCACAGAUCACUCAGAAUAGGAGCGAUGCUGAGCUGUUUGCAGCGUUUCACUCCUUUCACUGCUCGCAGCUGAAGCUGUACGUAUCCUGUCGUUCAGCAAACCAAACAUCAAUGGUUUGUUCAGUAGGCCUUCUAUCGAUUGGAAUUGAAAUUGAAACUGUAACUGUGGCACGUUUUUCUAUAGAAAUUGACAUUCUGAAUUUGUCCACAAAUUCAGAAUGAUUUCCCUUCACUGGCAUCAAGCCCAGACCAGCUUGGUCAGAUAAAAACCUUCAGGGCAUAGACUGCACUGGGUAAAACCAUUCAGUGCUGUGUGUAGACAUUAGCUAUUUGCUAUUUAAAAUGGAAUUGCGCUGAUUUCUCAAUCACAGAUGUGUCAAUGUGAAGUCAUUCAGAGUGGUUUAAUGUGAAUUGCUCUGUUUAUUUGCCUUUAAAAUCUUUCUCAGAGAAAAUGGUCACAAAAACGUCAUCUGGCUUUGGUUUAAAAAUGUUUUGGUCUGAAUUUCUUUUUAUAGAUUUGCGAUUAUUAACAUUGCAUAUAUAGAAUUAUUUUAACUGUAUAAUGUGUUGCUGUAUUUUAUGUUUUUUCACAUGCAAAAAAAGUGAACCUAUUUCUUGACCAGUCCACCAUGAUUUCUUGAGCUAAAAAAUGAUGUUUAAAUAGAAUUUAUGCGAAAUAAUUUUUUUUAAAGCUGAGAACAGCAAGGAGAUACAGAAUAAUGAGAGAUAAUGAGCACUUUCGUAUCUCUAUCUCUACACACAGCAACAAAAGGGAAGAGAAAAAAGGUAACAAACAAGACUACAGUUAUGAAGCUAUACUCCUACUCUGGUACAGUCCCUACAGUACCAUGCAGAUCCAAGAUAAACAGCUUGUUAACUUGUGAAAUAACUGAAUUCACACUAAUAGCAUUUGCCAUGCAUUUCUCAUGUAAUUGCUUUAUCAAACUAGAACUAUAAAUACGAGAAUACACAUACCAUUACACCAUUACCAUUACCUAUAUACUUAGGACCCUGGUUCAAAUAGUUUUCAUAGCAUUUUAUGGACCACUUAAAUCACUGAAUAAAUUUGUAUGCAUAUCAAAUAAAUUGUGCAGAAAUUUUGUGGGGAAAAAUAACUUUUUUUUUUCAAGCAUUCAGACGUUCACAGGUUAAGUCUAGUCCUGCAUAAAAUGAUUGAAUUUGAGAAUGCCUGCUGUACUGACUUAAGAACUGUUUUUUUUAUGAUUGUGCUGUAGUGCAAUUAUAUAUCACAUGUUCAACUAGUUGAUCUAUGUCUUUAAUAUAAUCGUGAGCUGCAUUUUUUUUUCCAUGUGUGCUGGAACACAUCCUGUUAGUCAUACUUUGGGGUCACAGUUUGGGGUCUUUUGCCUUAGAUGAAAUGAUGAUUAUGAUUAUGUUGAUGAUUAUUUUUUGUUGUUUUUGAUUGAACAGGAAUUUGCCUUUUGAGUUGUGAGUACCUAUAGAGGAGCAUGAUUUACAAAAAAACACCUUAUUUACACCAGAAAGGAAAGCUGUGACUGGUUUGUGCAAAACCUUUCUAUUUUUUUUUGUUUCUGUAUUGCCAUAUGACAUUCAUUGUAUUUUUUUCAUUGUAUCAUUUUUUGUGUGCUGUGAUUGUCAUGGGAUUAUAGACUGUUUGUUGAUGCUUGACCUUCAGUGCUAUUUACUGUACAUAAUGAGGCUAUGAAUAUGUACAUAAACAGAACUAUAGAGCCAA